AGAAGUCAGAACCAGUUUCCCAGCUCCUCCUUUACUUUUUCUUCUUCUUCCUUCUGGUUCUGUUGGUCUUCACAACAGUCAAAGCUAUGGCGGGUUCUCUUCUUGUGAAUGGCUUAAGAACUCUGUUCUUCGUAUUGGGGUCGGCUAUGGUGGUCACUCUCAUCUACACCAUUUCUGUAGACGGCCUCCCUUUCCGCAUGGACGUUCUCACCCCGUGGAUGACAGCAACUUUGAUUGAUUUCUACAUCAAUGUUGUUCCUUUGGUGGCUUGGGUUUCCUACAAGGAAUCAAAUUGGAUUAGUUCAACGGUUUGGAUAAUUCUGCUUAUUUGCUUUGGCAGCAUUGCAACGUCUUUUUACAUAUUUGUGCAAUUUAUCAAGUUAUCUCCGGAAGAAGCUUUACAAGAUCCAAUCUACCAUGUUCUGUUGCAACAUUCAAACAAGGAUAGCACAAAACAAAAGGAGAAACACUCCCCUGUGGCGAUUUUAAGGAUCUUGUUUAGUUUCUUGGGGUGCUUUAUGCUAGGAACUUUGAUCUACACAAUUGUGACUGAUGGUUCACCGUUCCGCAAAGAGCUUUUUACACCGUGGAUGACAGCUACACUAAUUGAUUUCUAUAUAAAUGUUGUGGCUCUAUCGGUUUGGGUUGCCUAUAAAGAAGCAAAUUGGAUUAGUGCUUUCCUUUGGAUAAUUCUUUUGAUAUGUCUUGGAAGCAUCAUCACAUGUGCAUACAUUGUUAGAGAAUUGUUUCAGAUUACUUGUCAAGAUCCAGUUUACCUUAUUUUAGUGAAACGUGAGGACAGGUAAGUCCAGAACACUUAACUUUUCUUUUUCUUUUUGUACCUUAAAAUUCCUACUGCUUUUUUACCUUCAAGCGCGACAACUCCUUGAAUGAUUAAGAAACUGACUGCAUCCAUUAAAGAGGAAAUUGGAUUUUUCACCACUGCUUUAUAUAAGUGCUGAAACCAUGAUUAUCGGGUUUUCGAAAGUCCACGUGCCCCACACCUGCACAUCCUUCCUUGCACACUAAAAGCUAUGUGGUUGAACAACCACUGCUAUUUUUAUGUCGUUACCCCAGUUACUGCUUUCAACAUGCUUUGAAAUUCUAUUUCGUUUAUGUGUUUAUUAUUAGCCAAACUGAAGAUGCCAUGGCUAUGUUGUUGUUCAUGGUAGGGCAGAAAACAGGUAUGAGAGACCUGAACUGCACAAGAAGGUUUUGCCCUGAUUCCAGAGUACACUGAAACCACACAUUUCAAACUGCUUGCAUGGAGAAUUCUUUCUUCUUGUUUCUUAUGUUCACUACAAAUGCUGCUGAUAUAUGUUAGAUUAUGUAAAUAUUCUUUCUUCUUGUUUCUUAAUGUUCACCACAAAUUACUUGCAAUUCUACAAACCAUCUCUUAAUGCUUGAUGAUAUUCUUUCACUACA